AAAUAUCUGCUGAAACUCAUUGCUCCAUUCUUACCAAGAAGGAUACAGUGUUCGAGAAAUGCCAUGCUGUGGUGAACCCUACUCCUUUCUACAAGAGAUGUGUCUACCAAGCCUGCAAUUACGAAGAGACCUUUCCUUAUAUUUGUUCUGCGCUGGGAUCGUAUGCGCGAACAUGCAGUUCAAUGGGUUUAAUCCUCGAGAACUGGAGAAACAGUAUGGAUAAUUGUACCAUUACUUGUACGGGCAAUCAAACAUUCAGCUACAACACUCAGGCAUGUGACAGGACAUGUUUGUCACUCUCCAACCGAGACCUGGAAUGUCAUCCAACUGACAUCCCUAUUGAAGGCUGCAAUUGUCCUCAAGGAUUGUACUUGAACCACAAGAACGAGUGUGUUCGUAAAUCUCAUUGUCCCUGCUAUUUAGAAGAUAGAAAGUACAUCUUGCCUGACCAGUCCAUAAUGACUGGUGGGAUUACCUGCUACUGUGUUAAUGGGAGGCUGAGUUGCACAGGCAAACCUCAAAAUCUUGCAGAAAGCUGCAAAGCUCCUAAGAAAUAUGUAUCAUGUUCUAACAGUUUAGAAAACAAGUAUGGAGCUGCAUGUGCCCCUACCUGUCAGAUGCUGGCUACUGGAAUUGAAUGCAUCCCCACUAAAUGUGAAUCAGGCUGUGUCUGUGCUGAUGGGCUGUAUGAAAAUCUCGAUGGCGGGUGUGUUCCAGCUGAGGAGUGUCCAUGUGAAUAUGGUGGUCUUGCCUAUCGAAAAGGGGAACAGAUCCAAACUGAAUGUGAGAUCUGCACUUGCACAAAAGGAAAAUGGAAAUGUGUUCAGAAAUCAAAGUGUUCCUCAACAUGUAAUCUGUAUGGUGAAGGCCACAUCACCACUUUUGAUGGACAGCGUUUUGUGUUUGAUGGCAACUGUGAAUACAUAUUAGCUACGGAUGGCUGCAGUGUUAAAAGACCUGUUUCCUCUUUCAAAAUUGUUACUGAGAAUGUCAUCUGUGGGAAAUCAGGGGUUACGUGCUCCAGAUCCAUCAGCAUUUACCUUGGGAAUUUGACAAUCAUACUGCGAGAUGAAACCUUCACUGUUUCUGGGGAAAAUCCUGGAGUACGAUAUAACGUGAAAAAGAAUGCCCUUCACCUGAUGUUUGAUAUCAUUAUCCCAGGAAAAUACAACAUGACCCUCAUCUGGAAUAAGCACAUGAACUUCUUCAUCAAGAUCUCCAGAGAAACACAGGAAACUAUAUGCGGUUUGUGUGGGAACUAUAAUGGCAAUAUGAAGGAUGAUUUUGAAACUCGAAGCAAGUAUGUGGCAUCAAAUGAAUUGGAAUUUGUCAAUUCUUGGAAAGAGAAUCCUCUCUGCGGGGAUGUUUACUUUGUAGUGGACCCCUGUAGCAAGAACCCUUACCGUAAAGCAUGGGCAGAAAAGACGUGUUCCGUCAUCAACAGCCAAGUCUUUUCUGCCUGUCACAAUAAGGUGAAUCGUAUGCCCUAUUAUGAGGCCUGUGUUAGAGACUCUUGUGGGUGUGACAUUGGAGGUGACUGUGAGUGCAUGUGCGAUGCCAUUGCAGUAUAUGCCAUGGCAUGCCUAGAUAAAGGUAUCUGCAUCGACUGGAGGACCCCUGAGUUCUGUCCUGUCUAUUGUGAAUAUUACAAUUCUCAUAAAAAAACAGGAAGCAGUGAUACUUAUUCCUAUGGCUCCCACAAUGAUGACUGCACCUGGCAUUACAGACCUUGUAAUUGUCCAAAUCAAAACUACAAAUAUGUCAACAUUGAAGGCUGUUACAACUGCUCUCAUGAUGAAUACUUUGACCAUGAGAAGGAAAGAUGCAUGCCAUGCG